UUGCCUUGGGGAUAUAAAAAUGAUCUUUAUUUCCUCAGCAAUCUUAUUUUGAUUUUUCCUAUUCGCUCUUUUCCCCACUUAUUAGGCUGUCCUCGGUUUCGGGAGUUGGGGAAGCGAAAAUUAGCCUAGUCUAUAUAAGCUAUAGUAUAUAAUCUAAAACACAGACCGUCGUUUCGCCGGCUUAAUCAACAAUAAGUUUUACAGAUUUAUCCAUUUUUAAAUUUUUAUAGUAAGUAUCCAGAUCUAUAUAGAAUAAUUAACAAAAGUUUAAAAUCGUAAUCGCUUUGCUAAAUUCUUACUUAAUAAAUUUUUACUUAAAAAUAUCUUUAGAAAACCAUAGCCAAUAACAUUGCGUUGGUAUUUUGCAAUUCCUAUUAAUUAAUACUAUACAGUAGAUUCGCCACUGACAACGCCUUAUUAAUUUAAUGCCUUUCAUAAUUGCAUGGUUAUUUGCAAUCACGUAUAGUAUUAAAUAAAAGAUUGCUUACACCAUAUUCAAAUUGACCUAGCCAUAUACCAAUGAGUUUAUUUCCUCUAACAAGGGGCAUCUCGUUUUAAAUUAAUCGGCAUAUUCUUUUUACAUUUUUUAGGCCGAAAGCCAAAGAGAAUACCAAAAUUAUUAAUGCUUCAUUUUCAAUGCAUUCUGGUUGCAUGCUUUGUCUCGACUUUUCUCCUGAUUGUGGUGCGUACGUGAUGAAAGACGUAGUCAGACAUAUUAAAUUUCAUGUUCCUGUUUCAGGCGAAAUAAACACGACAACGUCCGUGUUCCGUUGUUAAAACACUAAUUUUCAUGAAAGUAUUGUUUAAUUUGUCCCGUCGACUAAACAAUGAUGAAGCUUGUGAUGUUCCUUGCCACUGUUUUUGUACUUUGUAUCAAAGAAGAUUUGGGUAGUCCUUGUCCACGAACAAGCAAGAGGCCUGGAAGUGAAUGUGUCGAUGAAUGCAAUGUUGCUAUUGGUUGCAGCGACCCCAAAAAGGAAUGCCGUUGUGACGGAGAUUGCGGAUUUAGUUGUGUAAAGAGAGGCAUGAGAUGUAAAGACCUGAAGAGACUAAGAAAUGGAAAUAUAAUCGGCAACGAUAGAACAUUUAAUUCUACCCUGAGGUUUGAGUGUAAUCCGAAGUACACUCUAUUUGGCGCACGUACUAGAAGAUGCCGUGCGAAAGGACUGUGGGAUGGCAAAAAAACAAGAUGCAAAAUAUCCUGCCCAGAUCCAGGAAUACCAAACCACGUGAACCGUGAUCGGAAACAAAAUACAAAAGGUUUCACAGAAAAAACUACAUUACAAUAUGAAUGUUUUCCUGGAUAUGAAACCACAGAUUCUCUUAGUAUAAAAUGUCAAAACAACGGGCAAUGGUCUUCUUCGCCACCAGUUUGCAGAGUACAACAAUGUGGAAGGGUUGUUCUGCCGGCGAAUUCUCAUGUGCGAAGUCCACGAGGCUGGAAAAAUAGUGGCUCUCACCAGUUGGGAAAACGAAUAUACUUGUCAUGUAAACCUGGAUAUCAAAGCCCAUUAGUCUUUGGGAUAAUGCGAUGUGACCGCAAUGGAUGGAGAUUGUUGAAUUCGCGUUUUGUCUGCAAUGGAAGGAGUUGUGGGGAUCCAGGUACACCAAGAAAUGGUAAAAAAACUGGUCUUUCCUACACAUUAAACGAUGCUGUUCAAUACACCUGUGAUGACUGCUUCAAAAUAUCUGGCGUAGAUUAUCGUCGGUGUCUCGCAGACGGAACCUGGAGUGAUGAACUGCCCAGUUGUAGAAGAGUAACGUGUCCUCCCCCCAGUUCAUUACCACAUGGAAAGCGUCGCUUGUCAUCUAGACCCAUCUACUGUGGCAGUUACGUCGACUAUGAAUGUGCAAUUGGAUAUAAUCUAAAGGGAUCGUCCAAGAGAACAUGUCUUAGUGAUGGAAAUUGGAGUGAUCGUGCACCGUUAUGCGAAAUUGUAGAUUGUGGUGAUCCUGGAGUUCCAGAGAACGGUGUGACAAACGCAAAUGGUGGUUUCACGUAUGGAAAUGAUGCUACCUUUUCAUGCAACUCUAACUAUGUUUUGGAGGGAAGUUCACUCGCUACAUGUCAGACCAAUGGAAAAUGGUCUAAAAGCCUACCAAGUUGUUUAGAAAAGUGUUCAGAUCCUUCAGGAAACACGAAUGCGAGAGUGAUAGGCGAGGAAUUUUAUCACGGCAAAGAAGUAGAAUUUGUUUGUCCACGAGAUUCCAUUCUUGUUCCUUCAAGACCAAGAAAGUUGACAUGUCAGAAUGGUGAAUGGCGUGGAACAAUACCUUCAUGUAAAGCUUCAUGCCCGAUUUUGCCACGUCUAUCCGACGGGAGGAAGAGAGGUGAAAGUCGAACACAUGGCUCUUCUGUUCUAUUUUAUUGUAACCGUGGUCAUCAACUGGUUGGUCAAUCACGAGUGCAGUGUGAUGAUGGCAAUUGGUCAUCCGAAAUGCCACGAUGCUUGGCAAUUUGCAAAACAAUUCGGAGCAUAACCAAUGGUUGGGUUGAUGGACGAGGUAAUUUAGAAGGAAAUGUGCUGAGAUUCCGUUGCAGAAGAGAUUAUGUUUUGGAAGGAGAGCCACAAAUCACAUGUACUGAAAAUAGACGAUGGAGUGCCGCGGAACCAACUUGUAGAGCGCCAUGCCGAAGACUGAAUUCACCAGUUCACGGAAGAAUAAUAAAGCAAGGUUAUAAGCAUAACGAAGAGAUUCGGUUUAAAUGCGAUCUGGACUACCACUUGCAAGGAAAAAACGUAUUGUUAUGCUCAAAUAGACAAUGGGAUGGUAAUGUGCCAAAAUGUUUAGCACCAUGCAGAAAAUACGGUGUUCAACCAUUCCCUGGUGGUUAUAUAAAACGGAAUGGAUUUCGUCAUAACGAAGAAGUUAUAUUUGGAUGUCGGGAUCCAUUCGUGAUUGAUGGCGAGGAUACAUCAUUACGUUGUGACAAUGGUGAUUGGCAAGGCCAACUGCCUAGUUGUGGAGAACCUUGUCGAAAUCUUUCAGUGCCGAGAAAUGGUAAAAAAAUAAAAGAUGGGUACAAACAUGGAGAUGAGGUAGUCUUUAGAUGCAAUCGGGGAUUUCAGAUGGUUGGUACAUCAAGCAGGUUAUGCAAUUUUGGAAUUUGGAAUAAUAACAGAAUUCCUCGAUGCGAAAGAAAGUGUCCUGAUCCAUCAAAGGACACAAAUGCGAGAGUUGUCGGAGAUCAGUUCUACAAUGGCAUGGAAGUGGAAUUUAUCUGUUCUGAUGACGGUGUUCUGGAACCAGAAAUCUCUAAGAAGUUAACUUGCAAAAACGGACGAUGGGAUGGAAUUAUGCCAUGGUGUAAAGCCCCGUGUCCACCUCUGCCACAAAUACGUAAUGGCGUUACCCGCUAUCCCAAUGAUAGAAGACGGCAUGGUGAUAUCGCUUUGUCCACUUGCAACCAAGGCUACCAACAGCGUGGCUCAAUUAUUUCCCAGUGUAAUAACGGUGUUUGGUCGGAGAAAAUUCCCCGCUGCUUGGCUAUUUGCAGACCAAUAUCCUUUGUUAGAAACGGCAGGAUAAGUGCCAAAGGAAAAUUUGAAGAUGAUGAAAUAACCUUUUUCUGUGAUCCAAACUACUCACUGGAGGGGGAGAAAGUGAUUAGAUGCACAAAUACUGGUAAAUGGAAUGCAUCAGCACCAACAUGUAAAUUUCAAGUUCGAAGUCCAUCGAUAUCAACAACGCCUACUACGAAUAUGAUCACAACAAUUGGUCAACCAAAGGUUUGUAAAAACAUCACCAAACUCAGGAAAGGACGCGUAAAGGGAACCGGCGUGAGUCCUGGAUCAAAAAGAAUAUUUUCUUGCUCCAAAAACUGGGAAUUAUCUGGAUCAAAAGAGAUCACGUGCUUAGAUAAUGGUAAAUGGAGUGGACCGCAGCCGAAGUGUAAACUGGGAGGUCCAGUGAUAAAUUGUGCGGUUGUAGGGAAGAUAAAAGGCGGUUAUGCAAAAAGAAACGAGUCCUUUCAUGGAGGUCGAGUGGUAUUCGUAUGUUAUCCAAAUUAUACAAUGUCAACCACAAAACCUGGGAUGUUAUGCAGAAGUGGGAAAUGGUCUCAAAAACCCCACCCGAAGUGUUAUGCACCGUGCGAAACUCCUGUUGCGCCUCAAAAUGGUUUCAUUUCAAAGAUUUCAGGUAGAAAGCACGAGGACUUCAUAAUAUUUAGCUGUAAUCAACAUUACACACUUAGUGGAAGCGCUACUUUGCAGUGCCAAGAUGGAACUUGGAGUGAUCCUCCACCUAUUUGCCAGCCAACUAAAUAAACUUUUUAAAGAAUAAGCGUACUGUCGACUAUCCAAAAGUAAGACUUAAAGUUCAUUGAAAUUUUCGGAAAUUGCGACGUAUUCUUAAUAGUAAAGGCUAAUUAAAGCGUCGCAGUUCACUAAAAGACAAAUAUACUAGGGAUUACUAGAAAAAUACAGGAUGUAUAAAAAACUUUCACAGGAAAACAGCUUUGUUCUCAAAACGCAAAAGAUUUCAAUUGCCAAUGAAUGUCAAAUAGCUUGUGAAUGUAUUGAAACAGUGUGAAAGUCAAGUUAGCUACUAAAUAAUCGAGCAAACAAACAACUGAGUAGAAAUUUCGAGAUUUUUUAUACAACCUGUAUAGGAAAACAAAGUAAUAACAAAAUUAAUGCAUGAAAGAGUAGACAGCAUAAAAAAUAAAUUUCACGAGGUCAUUCUUCAGUAGUUGAUCAAUAUUGUUUUGAAAUUAUUAAAUAACACAGGUCUUUUAGUUUAACUCAUUAUCAACAGGGCGAACUGAAAAGGUCAGUAUGGCUGUUUUUAGUAGGUACGUAUAAGAAUGAAAGAGAAAGGCUAUAUAGUGCAUGUAUAUGAAGUCAUAUACCUGUUGGCAAGUAAAAUCUGUCUAGUUCCUAGUAUGCAAUCUGGGUGUAAUUCAAACUGGUCGAAUCCUCCCCAACUUGUCAUAGAAUGGUUCUACAAAGAGGACUGAACCGUAAUAUCUUCCUGGGUUUUCUACCAGGAUCGUGGGAAACGAGUUGUGGUGUUACUUAGGGUGUGGCAUUUAUUUGUAUUUUAUCCAUGCAUAAUGAACUCAAAUUUACAUAGAGGAAAAUCAUAAAAACGUUCAUAAUGAUCGUCACCGUAGAUUUUAGAA